AUGGAUAGAUAUGUGGCCCUCUAUUCAAAAACGCCACCCCCAAAUAAUGACAAUGAAUUAUCUGAUGAAUCUGAAGGUGAAGCCGUGGUAGUCAAACGCUACAUUAGGCGAAGCAAAAAGAAACCUUCUGGACCCAGAAGAUUUCCAUCAAAGUCUGACUCAUCAACGUCUAAGGGAUAUGACGCUCGUAGGAAGAUUGUUGCUGAGAAAAAUGAAGGACUAAAGUGCUCCAACUAUGGAGGCACCGGUCACUUCGCCAGGGAGUGCAAGUCCAAGAAGGUGGACACGAAUGAAGAUUAUGAGGUGAAAUAUAAGAAGCUUUUGGCAUCUUUGAAAAGGAAAAACAUUGAUGUGAAAGUUAUGGUAGCAGAAGUGGAAAGUUGGGUAGAUGAUGAAGAAUCAUCUGAUGAAGAUAAAGGAAAAGACAAGUGCUUUAUGGCAUGCACUGAUGCGUUUAUCAUUAAUGAAUGA